AGACAAACACUUUAUCUUAUCCUGUGCAUGUUAUAUUCUUAGUAGGUAGGUAGGUACACAACUUUCGUUAUGUAGUUAAUACGGAAACAAUUCAUUAGCGUCAAUUUUCUUGACCCUCGAUCGAAUGAGGACGCCUGUAUUUUUUGUUUACCCAUACAAUGUGGAUGAGGAGUGUUGUGAUGUUUUUGCUUCUUUACCAAGUUUCAAAUGCGCAAAACACAUCAGUUCUUAUUCUCGCUAGAGGAGGUUCGAAAGGGAUAAGAUUAAAGAAUCUUAGCAUAGUAGGCGGUAUAAGUUUGCUCGCUAGGUCCAUUUUAACUGCACGCGCAGCUGGUUUUGAAGAUAUUAUUGUGUCUACAGACCAUCCUUUAAUAGCGCUAGAAGCAUUAAAAUAUAAUGCCAGGGUAUUUAAACGCAGUCAUGCUACAUCUACCGAUUGGGCUCCUUCAAUGUGGGGAGUAUCAGAAUAUAUCAACACAAGAGCAGACAUUGAUAUUUUAAUUCUUCUUCAAGCUACUUCACCAUUCGUCAAAGCUAAACAUCUUACCUUGUCCAUACAGAAACUAGAUAAUCCUAAUUCAUUUGACUGCAUUUUUUCAGUAACGAGAAGCUACAAACUUCGAUGGAAUUAUAAUAAAUUGGGUAUUUAUCCUGUAAAUUUUGAAUAUAAUAACCGACCAAGAAGGCAAGAUUGGUUUGGUGAACUUUUAGAAACUGGGGCGUUUUACAUUUGUCGAAAUGAACUUAUAAAGAAGGGAUAUUUACAAAACAACAAGUAA